CGCUUCAGUUUAUAUACAUACAUUCAAAUAUAAAUAACGAUGAUUAGUACUAUAUAAUGUUUUAACAAAUUUUAUUAUCAAAAUAGUAAACAAUGAAUGAAGAUCUCGUAAAACGAGUUAAAAACACAUUAAAAUCAGAAUCAUAUUCUAUGAAUGAAAUAUGGUUAAGAGAUUGUAUAGAAUAUUUUACUUCAGAAAAUGAUACUAUAAAUAAAAUCAUAAUAAUAGUGAACAUUUUUUAACAUUAUGAUCAUCAUACAAGUUUAUAUUUCAUUUUAUGGUUAUGUUUCACUGUAGAUAGUAUAUAAUGAAAUAUUAAAAUUUGUGAGAACACAAUGGCAAUUAAGUGAUUUACGUGAGAUUAAUAAUGAUAAUGGAUGUUUACCAAGAAAUCUUAAUCAACAAAUAUGUACAGUGUUACCUGGAACUUAUAUCCUUCAGAUGAACACAAUGUAUGACAUAUCAACUUCAAAAUAUAAGCAGUUAGAACAGAUUCGUAAUGUUUCAAACGUUAACAUAGAAGCAACAGAAAAUAAUAAACCUCAGAUGUGGGAGCCUAAAACAAAGAGGAUGCUUCUAUUACAUCUAACAGAUGGUAUUCAAGAUAUUAGUGCUAUAGAAUAUAAAACUAUUUCAUCCCUACAUGAUACAUUAUUACCUGGAUAUAAAGUAAUGAUUAUCGGUCCUAUAAAAUGCAGAAGAGGUAUUAUUUUAUUAGAAGAAGGUAAAUUUAGAGAAAUUGGUGGAGAAGUAGAAAGUUUAUCCAUCACUAAUGCAUUAGAAAAUGUGUUAGCUCGAGCUUUAAACUUUGCAGAAAAUCCAGAUCCUUAUAACGAUAAAAACCAAGAGAUUCAUAAUAAGAAAUCACCUAUUACAAAUGAUUUUUUUGAAGAUGAUUUUGAAGUAAAUUUGGAGGAAGUUACGCGAAUUGAACAACUAAGUCAGGAGACAGAUAGUGUACAAAAUAUAGACAACACAUCACAUACUAUAAAUAUACAAAAUAAUUUAUCUAGUACAAGAAACAUUAAACAACAAAAUUUUGUUCAUCCAAAAAAUACAGUUAACAAAAAUGAAGAGAACAAUAUGAUUGAAAUUGUUGAUAUGGAUGAUGAGUUAUUAGAAAUGAUGGAUGAAGAUCAAUUUAUUGCAUCUACCUCAUCUACAUCUAGUAAUAAUGGAAAUACAGAUAGAGAAAAAAAGAAUUUAGUAAAACCUUUUCGAGUUUUACCUAAAGAAGAUAAUGGUAAUAGUAUGGGAGAUGAUAUAGUAGUAGUAAAAGAUAAAUACAACACAUUGAAAUGCUCAACUGGAAAAAAAAGUAAUAAAGAACAAUCUGAUACGUAUUUUCCAGAGGAUGAUUUUGAUUUUGAUGAUAUUAACAUGUUAGAAGUACUAGAAAAGAAUGAUACACUAUCAAAAAAAAAAGAACUUGAUAUAAAAAGAAAUGAUCAACCAACUAGAUCAUUCUCACAGAAUAUUCCAGAUUCAAAACAUUCCACAACAGAUUCCACAAAAAACAAAAAUUCUUUUGAAACAUCAAAACUUAAGACAAGUAGCAUCAGUAGUAAUGCAACAUCAUCUAGAGCUCAAGUUGAUCAGAAAAUAGAAAUUGGAAUUAAAAGAUCCGCAGCAUUGAUAUCACCACCAACUGUUAAUUCAUCAAAAAUACGUUGUAUCAAAGAAACAUCAAAUCAAGAAAAAGGUGUACAAAAAAUCUCGGACUUUAUGAAAACAAAAAAUGUACAAGAAGAAAUACCAGUGAAAAUUUGUGAUUUCAUUUGUGACAUAAUUGAAGAAACGGUAAAAGAAAUAACGUUUAAAACUGUUCGGGGACAGUUUACUACAUUUGGAAAAUUAUCUAGAAAAAAUUCUUAUUGGCAAUUAGAAGGAACAAUUUCUGAUAAAACUGCAGCUAUAGAUGUUUCUGUUGCUUCCGAGAUUAUAGAAAGAUUUCUUGGGUUUAGCGUUAAAGAAUUUUCCCAAAAAAGAAAACUCGCAAAAAUCAAUAGUGAUAUAGAACAUGAAUUAAGAAUGGCUUGUCGUAAUGCAGAACAAAAAUUGAAACAAUUAGAUGCUUUAUUAGAAUUGGAAUUAAAGCCAGAUCAAAAAGCAAAAGUUGUAAAUAUUAGGUCAUUAACUGAUCAACAAAAGGAAUUAAUUGAUAAAAGACUGAAGGCACUAAAGAUAUAGAAAAUUCUAUUUCAAGUAUUAUUUAACAAAAAAUGUGCUUUAUAUAGUCAUUAUAUCCUAAUUUUUAUAUAGUAUUAUAACAAGCUUUUUACAUUUUUUCUUAUUACAGAUAAAUCAUAGUUGAGUUUAUUAAAAAAAUGAUAACAUUUUAAUUGCAUUACAAUCUACGAUUUUAUUUUUUUAUGUUUUAAUUAUUUAUUUUUGUUAAAUAAAUAAAUAAACUGUUUAGAGAGAGAAUGAGUGAAAGAGUAAUAUACUCCUUAUUGCUUUAAAUAUUGGCCCAUGUAAGAAAGCCAAGAUGCUCCAAUUUAAAACUCGAAAGAGAGAAAAUUAAAGGGAGCAGUGUGCAUUCAUUUUCAAGUUUUUUCUUUUCUUUUCUUUUCUUUUUUUUUUUUAAAUCUUCUGUAAUGGUUGUGCACUCUCGUGAAUACCACACCCUGAUUAUGUGAAAGCGACGGGCAUUGUGCUACGGUACAGGGCAAUCACACCUUGCUCUUCAAUGGCGUAGAAUCUAAAUUCAAGUUUGAGCAACGAAAACAAUAAAAUUAUUUUUUUUUUCUUCUUUUUUUUUUAUUUCAUUUUACGAAUCUAAAAAAAGGCUAAAUUAAAAAUUUUUAUGCUCUCAAUUAAUCAAUUUUUUUUUUAUAUAUUUUCAUUGUUUAUUAUAAAUGUACUUAAUUAUUUAUCAUUGUAUUUUAUACAAAAGCUUUUUUAUUACUAUAAAAAUGCGCUUGCGCUUGACGCAAAUCAGGUUCAAACGAUAUUAUUGAACUACAUUAAAUCUAAUUAAGUUCUAAUUUACGUUAUUACGUUAUAAGUAGUAUCGUGUAUGGAAUUAAAAAAGAAGUGGCACGUAAUAGAUAAUGAUUGACUUAAUUGUUGAACUUAUUUAAACACAUUAUAAUGUGAAUAAUAUAUAUGUAACAAAUUACGUAUUUUAGGUAUAUAUGAGUUAAAAAUAUUUUUUAAAAAUAACAUCUUUCAUAUAUACAUAUACACACAUACAUACAAUUAUUUAUUGAUUAUUUUCGUAUGUUUUUAUAUUCGACUUACGUAAAGAAAGAAAUUAUUGAAAAUUGACUGAGUUAUUUUUACGUAUCUUUAUGAGGUUUUCUAAAAAAAAAAUAAAAAAAAAAUAAAAAAAAAGUUUCUAAAUUAUAUAAAUUAAGAAAAACUCUAAAAGCUUAUUUAUAUACUUGAUAUGUGAAAAUUAGAAGUAUUUCAAAUAAUCAAAAUCUACUUAAACUAUUCACAGCAUCGUUUCUGUACUCGAAGCACAAAUUUUCAUUUUGCCAAAUAAAUAAAAUACACAUCAGAUUCGUAAUAUUACGAUAUGUUAUACAGCCUCUCAUGCAUCAUUAUCAUCAUCAUCUCCUAUGCAUUCUCCUUGUAAAAAUUAAAUGACACAGAGAAAAACUAAAUUCGCUUAUUUAGAUCCUAAAAGAGCGAAUAAUAUAGUACAUUCGUCAACGUACAGUCUUUACAAAGAAAAACAACUAUUAUGGCAAAGAUUAAAAAAUAGGUACAUACAGUUUAUCAAUUUCAUUAUCCAUAAUAUAAAAAUAUUUAUACUUGUGUUUCGCUACCACUAUGAUACUUUCUAUGUUUCCUAUGUUUCUUAUGACUUCUAUGACUACUAGACGACGAAUUACUAACGAUUUGAUGUUGAUGUAGAAGUGAAUGCUGCGGUGGAGCCAAAUGGCCGAGAUGAUGAAUUUGAUGUGGCGUUGGACUUGUAGAACCCGGAUUGAAACAAUGUACUACGGGUACAGGUACUCCAUGAGGAUGACACUUGUGAGGUGGUUGUUUGCAAGGUGGUAAACGUCUCCAAACGUUCAUUAAAUUAGGCCACCAAAUCCAAGCAGCUGUAACUAUGCCACUUCCUAAAGAAGCUACUAAUCGAAGAACGAAAAACUGAACGAGAGGUUUCGACGGUACUCUGGGUGAACUCGAUGGUUCUGGUGCUCUGAGCCAUCUUUCACGACCCCACCAUUCGUAAAAGGUUGUACUGGUUAAACAAAACAUUGUCACUGCAUAAAAUGUAGCAAAGAGACCGACUCUAGUUAACAAAAUUUUAUGUCUCCUAUGUAUUUCACCCGGUGACUUUGACGAAUCUCUUUGUCUGAUCAAUGGAUUGGGAUGUUGUUGUUGUUGUAGUUGUUGUUGUUGUUGUUGAUGUUGUUGUUGUUGAAGUGCGUUUACAACGGAGCUUGGUGUGACCAAUGGCCUUGGUAAUAAAAGAGACGUUAUACCGACAAGAAGGAACGUUGUACCCAGACAUAGAUAAACGAAUUGUGGUAUUAAUACGAGAACCAAAAGAGAUCGGGCAUUUUGUUGUCCUACGAAGCAACUUCCUGAAACAUAGAUGCGAACGAACAAAUAAUUUGUUGUUUUAUAUUAUCCAUGAAUGAAAUAUGUGUUAUCGUGAAAUUAGAAUAAUGGUAAGUAAA